UCCUAUCCUGCAUUGCUUCUGCUUGAUUACUGUUGCAUUGCUUCGCUCUCGCCUCGUGCUCUAUAUCUCGUCCGAAUUCCAGUAGAUACUAACUGCCGCGUUCGUCCUCUUCCUAUCCUGCCGAUCAACAAGUGUGAUACAUAUGCGCAGCCCAAGCGAAGGCAACCGACCUAGGCUUGCACAUAUCUUCUUCUUGUUCCAGCGGCAUUCGUGCGUGUGCGUCUUGGUGACUUGGUGUACUCUACUACGGUGGUGGUAUAGCGCGAGACAGAAUAGAGAGAGCGAUAUGGGGAGCGGCGGGUUGUUGUUGCCGACGGUGGUGAUGCUGGCGCUCAACGUGUUGUCGGCGGUGAUGGUGGCGCUGGUGAAGGUGGCCAUGGCCGGCGGCCUCGACCCGCUCGUGCUCGUCACGCUGCAGCAGCUCGCCGCCGCCAUCUUCCUCGGCCCCAUCGCGCACUUCACAGAGGGCAAGUCGAGGCCCAAGAUGACGCUCGAGAUCUUCGCCUACCUCUUCGUCAGCGCCGCGCUCGGGGCGGCGAUGAGGCAGUACAUGGUCUUCGUGGGGCUGCGCUACACCACGGCGACCUUCGUCAGCGCCUUCUCCAACAUCGCGCCCGUGCUCACCUUCGUGCUCGCCGUCGCCACCCGCGCCGAGUCGCUCCACCUCAGGUCCGCCACCGGCGCCGCCAAGCUCGCCGGCACGCUCGUCUCGCUCGCCGGCGCCAUGCUGCUCACCUUCUACAGAGGCGUGGCCCUCACCCACCCAAACAGCGCCCACCAGCUCCACCGCUCCCCUUCAUCCCCGCUGUCGCCAGGAGCGGACUCCGGCAGGCGGUGGACGCUGGGCACGGUGGCGAUCCUCGGCAACUGCGUCUGCCUCGCCUGCUGGUACCUGCUCCAGGGCAGGAUCGCCAGGAAGUACCCCUACGUCUACUCCUGCAACGCCUUCCUGUCUACCUUCAGCUUCCUCCAGGUCGCCAUCGUCGGCCUCUGCGUGAAGCGCAACCUCGCCGCCUGGAUCAUCACCAACAAGUUCCAGAUCCUCACCGUCCUCUACUCAGGCGUGGUGGCGACCGGCAUGUCCUUCGUGCUGCUGACGUGGUGCAUCCAGAAGCGGGGGGCUGUGUUCGUCGCUGCCUUCAUCCCGGUGUCGCAGGUCAUCGUCUGCAUCAUGGAUUUCACCGUCCUGCAUGAACCGCUCUACCUUGGAAGUGUGGUGGGAUCUGUGAUUGUGAUAGCUGGCCUGUAUCUUCUGCUGUGGGGCAAGAGGCAGGAGGCCUUGCAACAGCAUCCAAGAGUUGCUAAAGAUGACCAAGAACAACAGCAGCAGCAGCAAGUGCAGUCGCAGCCAUGACUGAAGAUUGAAAAACAGAGAUCCUCCAUUCGGUGAUCUGUUAACAUGUGCAGCAAAUCAGUUCUCCAAUAAUUUUUCCAUGUUCUAGUAAUUAUUAUGAUCACAAUUCUGGCGCAAAUUAGGCUUCAGGAUGCUAUCAUUCAUGAAGCUGUUUAGGCUCUAAUCCAAACAACAGUAGGGUGACUAUUACCAUGUUUCUGGAGAAGCGUAGUUUGUGGGGACAUAUAUAUGUAAAAGUUAACUUUAU